AAGCAGUGAGCAAGAGUAAGUGAGUGAGUAAUUACCUAAAAAGAAAAAGAAGAAAAUUAUAAGAACAUUGCAAUUUCUUCUCACUCUAUUAUUUUUGUUGGGCUUUGCUGGUUUUCAUUUUUCUUAGUUUGUUUUCUUGUCCUCACCACUGGCCAUAAUCGAUUCUGGAAAACAAAAAAGAAAAAAGCUUAUCUCCUUAUAUUUUCCCACUAGAUUUUCUCUCUUACCAAACACAAGGUUGCUACUAUUUUCUCACCUGGGUCUGCUUUUUUGAUUAAUGCAGGCCCAAUUCUUGGGUUAGUGAGAUUUAAUGUACUGAUCUAGUACAUAUUAAGUAUGAUUUAUCUGAAGAUUCUUGAAUUUUCUUGGAGAUUUGGGCAUCACUGGUGCAUGGUUUCAAGAAUCUUUCUUUAAGCUAAAUUCUUGGACAUUGCAGUGAAAUUCUCAUCUGGGUAUUCAGCUUCUUUUACAAGAAAGUGAACCAAGAAAAGAAAUUGCAACGGUUUGGAACCUUCAAAGCACUUUUUUCUUUUGAACAGUGCCCGUUAUAAACCCUUUCAUUUAUUAGAAAUAGAGAAAACAGACGUGUUGGCCAUGAAGUUUUUGAAUUGCUUAGUCUAAAAACCAAGUGUUAGGUGAAGUUUUCUAUUUGGGGAGAAAUUAAAUUACUGCAUUGUUUUGGUUUAGACACUUUGGAUCUGAGCUGUUCUUUAAAUUGAAGAUUUCUCUGCUGUUUGACUUCUAGAGUUUGAGUUUACUAAUCCCGUGGUGGCUGGCAUUGCGUUGAAUCAACUCCGAAAGCAUCCAUGGGGCUUCUUCGAAGUCUCGUGACGAUGCUUCUUUUCAUUUGGUUCUCUUGGUUGCCUAUUUUUACGGCUCAACCUCCUAACUCUUCACGCGCGCUUGAUUCUCUUCUUCAAGAUUUUGCUUACCGGGCCUUUGUUCGCCCGAAGACUGGCUUUAUUUAUGAUGGUGUUGUUCCUACAGAGUUGACUGGGGUUAAGAUUGCAGCAAUGAGGCUUAGGAGUGGUAGCUUAAGGAGGAAAGGUUAUGAUAUGUAUAAAGAAUUUGAGAUUCCUACUGGAGUAAUUGCACGGCCGUAUGUGGAGAGGCUUGUUUUUGUAUACCAGAAUUUGGGGAAUUGGUCUUUGAAGUAUUAUCCGCUUCCCGGUUACACUUAUCUUUCUCCGGUUUUGGGGCUUCUUACGUAUAGUGCUUCAAAUUUGUCUGCUACAAAUUUAGCAGAACUGGAUAUUAGAGCAUCUGGUGAUCCCAUAAUCAUCAAAUUCUCGGAUGUGAAAUCCGCACCUAAUGGAUCGGUUGCUAAGUGUGUGUGGUUUGAUUUAAAGGGUUCCCCGAAUUUUAGUAACGUGGCAUCUGGUAAUGAAUGUUCGACGUAUCAACAGGGGCAUUUUUCUAUAGUUGUCGAGUCUAUCGCCCCUUCUCCGGGACCAGUUCCUGCUCCAUUUAUUCCAUUUCCAGGUCAUGAGAAGAAGAGCGAGUCUAGAGUGGGAAUUAUUGUCGGUUCUGUGCUGGGCGGAGUAUUGUUGUUGGUGCUAUUGUCAUUUCUAGUAUUGUGGGGACAGAAAUUGAAAGAGAAGAAGAAAAUGAAACAGAUGGAGAGGGCUGCAGAUGUGGGAGAAGCCCUACAGAUGACAUCGAUAGGGGAAACAAAAGCACCUUCGGCAAUGGUGACUCGAACACAACCGACUCUUGAGAAUGAAUACGUGCCCUAAUAACUCUCAUUUGUACAAGCUUCCUCUGUCUUUUCCACAGCACAUUCUUAUUCGAGUUCGAUUCCUGUAGUAUUCAGAAAAUUCUUCUAAUUGCACCGAAUUUGGCGGUGCCUCCUCCUCGUCCUCCUCAUCGUGCACUGUUUGAUCUUGGUAGGUUCUUUGUUCUAUUGUGGGUAAUGUAGGUUAUUUUUUUGUGUGUAAAUCUGUUAUCACUCACAGGGCGUCUAUAGGUUUUAUGAUUCAUUGUUGUGUGCAUUUUAGCCAAAAGUGAUUCUAUAUGUGAUGAAUUUUAGUGUUCCCAUUGACAAAGGAAUAAAAACUUCUUUUUCAUGGCUCCUUAA